CUGAUUGUAGCAUUGAAACCCAGAGCUGUCAGUUUAAAACGGUUUCCAUUCAUUGUUCCUGGUUUCUCCUGAAGCGGAUUUCAGGAAUUCUUUUCCAUCAUGUUCGAGGAGGCUAGCGAGGUGUUUGACAACAUGCUGAAAUCGGCCUUUCCGCUGACGAUUAUCGUGUUUUUGCCCGCAGUGUUGAUCCUGGUGUCUCCGCUCCCGGCUGAAGCGGCUCAUGAGUUCACGGUGUACCGCAUGCAGCAGUAUGACCUACAGGGGCAGAACUACGGAUCAAGGAACGCGAUUUUGAACACUGAAGCCCGUACGGUGGAGGCCGAGGUGCUAAGCCGUCGCUGCGUGAUGAUGCGACUGUCUGAUUUCUCCUACGAGAAAUACCAAAAGGCUCUCCGGCAGUCUGCGGGGGCUGUCGUCAUCAUCCUCCCCAAGAACAUGUCCACAAUGCCUCAGGACAUUGUGCAACAGUUCAUGGAGCUGGAACCGGAGCUGAUGGCCACAGAGACCAUCGUUCCUGUUUACUUUGCUCUGGAGGAUGAUGAACUGCUUUCUAUUUACACCCAGACGCAGGUGUCCUCUGCUUCACAGGGCUCCUCCUCUGCAGCUGAAGUGCUCCUGCACUCUGCCACUGCAAAUGGCUUUCAGAUGGUGACGAGUGGAGCUCAGAGCAAAGCUGUGAGUGACUGGGCCAUCACUAGUAUUGAGGGUAAAUUAGCAGGAGCAGGAGGAGAAGAUCUGCCCACUAUUGUUCUUGUGGCCCACUACGAUUCUUUUGGAGUGGCUCCGUGGUUGUCGUACGGUGCUGACUCUAACGGCAGUGGUGUGACCGUGCUCCUGGAGCUGGCUCGACUUUUCUCCAGACUCUACUCUCACAAACGGACUCAUGCCGGGUACAACUUGCUCUUUUUCCUGUCUGGCGGAGGAAAGUUUAACUAUCAAGGCACUAAACGGUGGUUAGAGGAUAAUUUGGACCACACAGAAUCUAGUCUCCUACAGGAUAAUGUGGCGUUCGUCUUGUGUUUGGACACACUGGGGCAUGGGGACAAUCUUUACCUGCACGUGUCUAAACCUCCUAAAGAAGGCACGCCUCAGUACGCUCUGCUCCGAGAGCUGCAAACGGUUGUAUCUCAGCAGUACCCAGAGCUGAAGUUCUCCAUGGUGCAUAAGAAGAUUAAUCUGGCUGACGAUACCCUGGCGUGGGAACACGAGCGCUUUGGGAUUCGCCGCCUUCCUGCCUUCACGCUCUCGCACCUAGAGAGCCACCGCAGCUCCACGCGAAACUCCAUCAUGGACCUUCGGAAUCAUGUGGACCUUAAGAAACUCAGUAGGAACACUAAACUGAUCGCAGAGGCUCUAGCACGAGUGGUUUAUAACCUGACUGAGAAGGGCACUAACGGAGAUCUGGAGAUCUUCACAGAGCAGAUGCAGGUGCAGGAGGAUCAGCUGCUUUCACUGGUCGACUGGUUGACCGCACAGCCUCGGGCCGCCCAGCUGGUGGAUAAAGACAGCAGUGUGGUCAGCACCCUGGAGUAUUACCUCGGACGCUACCUCAAAGAUGUCAAGAGGCAUUUUGUUAAGGCUGACAAAAGGGAUCCUGAGUUUGUCUUUUAUGAUCAGUUGAAACAGACGAUGAAUGCAUACAGAGUAAAACCAGCCAUCUUUGACCUACUGCUGGCGCUGUGCAUUGCUGCGUAUCUCGGUGUCGUGUAUUUGGCUGUCCAGCAUUUUGGCGUUCUGUACAGUGUUCUUCGCCGGGUCACAGCACCACGAGUAAAGCAGCAUUAAAGCUGCUCCAGCUCAUUUCAUCCCUGCAAUAUGAGGGACUCCUGCAGUCCCACCAUGGAGCCAAGAGUGUGUCCGUGUUUAUUUUUCCCUUUUAUGCCUCUUCCUCCAUUUUUUUUUUAUUUUAUUUUUAGGGUGGGGAAAAUUCAAAAUUUUCCUUGUGUGGUUUUUGUCUGUUUGUCCUCCUCAGGCCAGAGACAGUUUUUUUUCUUUCUUUAAUUUCUUUUUUUACAGUCUUCCUUCCUGUCCAACACUGCCUCACACUCCUCUGCCUCAGUCUGAAGCUAGUGAGAUCUCUGCCAAGCAAUAGUCAGUCAUCUUCUCAGGCAGCUAAAGUCAAAUGGGCCAAAUCACAGCUUAAAGUGUUAACUAGAUUAAGAAAGCAGGUCAGUUUGGACGUAACAUUUCAUUUAAUCCUGAUUAUUUCGUUUAGCAAUAGUUAGGACAGAAUGAUGGAUGAGUAUAUCCUCACACGUCCUGAUUUUGCCGAGUGACCAGCUCCGCCCUUAUUGACUAUGGGACACCAAGGUUAAAUUUGAUUGGAGGGGGGAAGCAAAGUGGAUCAUGUGGUCACCUUUUAGUUUUCCACUUUGGUUUCCUUCUUUGCCACAAAAAUGGUGCUGUGGGGGGACAGCCCAAGUAACAGUCAUUAAUUUUCAGCAAGCUGUGCUGAUUUCCAGUUAAAAUGAAAAAAAAAAAAUGUUAAUGUUAAUAUGAAAUGGCUGUGACAGGCUACAUGGCAAAGCGAACUUUCAUAUUACGCAAAUGAGAAGUGAAGCAAUUUGGUACAAGCAGGAGUAGUGGAGGGUUACGUGUUUCUUUUUCUGCUGUAACUUUGAAACCAAAAAAUAUUAUAUUCCAACUUGCUGCUCUUAAGACUUCUACUGUUCUACUCCAUAUUUCAAGUUUUCAGUAUGUCAAUCUAGCACAUUUUACAAAAUUGUAAAAUAGCUACCAUGACACAUUAAGCAACAGUAGUACAUACAACACUAAUUCAUACCAGCAUUUUAUUUUUACAGCACCAUUUUUUUAUUUAACAAAACAUUUAAUUUGUGCUCAGGGGGGGGUGUUUUUUUUUUUUUUUUUUUGGCUACCUGGUUUGAGUGGAAAUCCCAUUCACCUGCUGCUACCAGUGAAACCAUGGCACAUUUAAUUUAACUAAAGACAGCAUGUAGCAUCUAGUAUAGUAAUAUAGUUUAGUAACUGCAGUUAAUCUAUAAAGUUAUCCAAGGUAACAUGCUUUCAACAUGUCAUGCGCUUACGCUUUUGCAAAAGGUUAUUGGGAUUUAACCUAGGCUCUGCCCUUGUCAACUUGGGGAACCCUGUCACUCAGCAAAAUCAUCCAUUCAUCCUCUGGAGUAAAAAUCUAACACUUGAUUAUGUGAUAUUACAUAACCUGUGUAAUACUUUCCCUGUUAAUAACUUCAUUCUUCUAGCUUUCUAUCUUAUCUUACAUCCACCACUUUGGAUAGCCAUAACAGUCUGCUGAAGGGAAAGAAACACACUAUACCUCGACCUUCUGUUCCUGCUUUCCACUCCACACCAGAGUCAUAUGUUCGUAUCCUUCAGCAAGAGCGAAACACUCACCCUCCCCCCCCCCCCGCUUUAGUUUUUCUGCUGUUAUUUAUGGAAGCAGAUAAAGCUUCACCUUGCACUGAUUUUACCUGGUUUCCUUCAUUUAGCCGAGAUCUAAGGUUUUGUUGGCUGUGUGUGAGCCUAUGUACGAAAGCUUUGACACUUGCGGCAAAAUUGAAACAAUGAGUGAAAUGACAGAUUAAGGAAUAAAGAGUUUUGUUGAAAUA